AUGCAGAUUUGUUUAUUUGGAUUUGUAGAUGCAAAACAACUGGUACGAACUAAGAGGGGUGUUUCAUACAUUUCAACUGAGAAUGUGGAUGAUCCAAAUGAAUUUAGGUCACUCAGAUACAACAGUGAUGUCAGACUGGUUUGUGAGGAAGGGCCGCUUGAACGACUUGCGGACUACAAUGACACAUUCAAUGAUAAGAACGUGUUUAUGAACAGGUGCAUAACAAGCAAGAAAACGAUGCUUCUCUAUGAGCAACUUGCCUAUCUACUAGGGAAGAAAGAGAUGUUAUUGGAGAUACGGAAUACACAAGGAAAGAAGACAGUGCAAAACAAAUUGGAUACAAAGCGGAUGAGUACACUUCAAUGCAUUUUGCGUCCCAAGGAGUCACUGGUUCUUGUUAAGAAUAAGAAACGAAUAUCCUUAGGAGAGUUCAGCAAAUUCGAAAACAACACCCAGAAUGAGUGGAUCUUCUACUACGUGAAUGGAGACUCAAAUAGUUUUGGUACGCGUAAUUCAGCAGUUGUUGUCUUCUAUCCGAGUCAUGUGAGGGUUACUAAGAAAGUAUUUAUGGAUAAACCAGGUCAAUACAAAUUCACAGUUGGAUUACCAGAGUUAUAUACGACUGAGAAAGUGAUAACACUGAAAACAGUAACAAAAGAAGAAGCAGAGAGAAUAGAAAAUAUGUGGAACAAGGAGAACAAUGUGGGUGAACAAGGGGUUACUGAAGACGGAAUUGUUCACGUGUUCAAUCUGGAAGAGAAUAUUCCUAGCAAUGAGUUACCAGGCAAGGAUGAAGAUAAGAACACAGGUAUUGAAGAAACAGUUGAAAAGGAAGAGAAGGAGGAGAAGGAGGAAGAACAAGAUGUUAAAACGGAUAAGGAACAGGAACAGGAGAAGAAAUCGAAGAAGAAACAGGAAUCGGAACAGAAACCGGAGACUAAGACAGAGGAAUAUGAUAUGACUGAUGCAUUGUGA